UAUAUAUUUAUAUAUAUAUAUAUACAUACAUGUAAUUGUAAGAAAGAGCAGUUUUUGUGUGUGUUUGAGUGUUAAUUUCUUAACCAGUAUUAAAAUGAUAUAACAGUUCACGAAUACUUGCAUGAGAUUACUUUUUGUUUUACCAUCCAGCUUUGCCAACAAGACACAUUUAAAAUGUUUGUAUAUAAUAUGUAAUAUUAUAAAGCACAAAAGCUUUAAAGUUAUAUUGACACUUUGUUUUCCCUUCUUCAUCGUGUCUCUUUAACUUUGCCGUCGUAGUAUUAAUGCCGCCGAGUCUUCCGUUCAAAUUUAUGAUUCUUUUUUUUCCCAGGAAAAUAAUAACAAACUAGCGGAGUUUACGGGGCUUUGAUAUCUUCUUCCAUCUCAAGUUGCCAGAUUCAAGAGCAGAACAUUAAAUACAACGAGUGCCUUUCUUCCAGCAGCAGCGUAUUGAUCCUACACCAAGUCAUGGUUAAUGAUUCAGUUAUUCUAACCGAAUUAGAAGUUUGUUCUUGUAUUUUUUUUUUUAUCACAGAUCGGUAACUGAAGAUCGCUGAUAAAGAUGGGUGACUGGGGAUUCCUGUCGGGCCUGCUGGACAAGGUCCAGUCCCACUCCACGGUCAUUGGGAAGAUCUGGAUGAGCGUGCUCUUCCUGUUCCGGAUCAUGGUUCUGGGCGCCGGCGCCGAGAGCGUCUGGGGCGACGAGCAGUCGGGCUUCCUCUGCAACACGCAGCAGCCCGGUUGCGAGAACGUCUGCUACGAUUGGACCUUCCCCAUCUCGCACAUUCGCUUCUGGGUGCUCCAGAUCCUCUUCGUCUCCACGCCGACGCUGAUCUACCUGGGCCACGCCGUGCACAUCAUCCAAAAGGAGAACAAGAUGAGGGAGCAGCUGCUGAGCCCCGGUGGGUCCCGGGUGCUCAAGCAGCCCAAGUACACGGACGAGAAGGGGAAGGUGAAGAUCAAGGGGAACCUGCUGGGGAGCUACCUGACCCAGCUGGUGUUCAAGAUCAUCAUCGAGUCCGGCUUCAUCAUCGGCCAGUACUACCUGUACGGCUUCGUCAUGGUGCCCAUGUUCCCCUGCUCCAAGAAGCCCUGUCCCUUCACGGUGGAGUGCUACAUGUCCCGGCCCACGGAGAAGACCAUCUUCAUCAUCUUCAUGCUGGUGGUGGCCUGCGUCUCCCUGUUUCUCAACUUCGUGGAGGUGUUCUACCUGAUCUGCACCAGGGUCCGAUGCGGGUCCAAGCCCCGGACUCACAAGAUCACUUCGGCGGAGAACCCCGCCAGCCUGUCGUCGCCCAGGUGGCCGGUGAGGGAAGACGUGCUGAAGCAGAACAAGAUGAACAUGGAGCUCGAAGGCAGCCAGAGUAUCGGCGGGAGCCUGGAUGGAGCCAAGGAGGAGAAGCGACUACUGAGCGGUCAUUAAAAAACACUUUGAUGUCCGAAAUGUCCGUGGUCAGAUACAUCUGAGAGACUGAAGUAAAGAGUUCAUGCAAUAUGCUUCAAACACAAAUGAUGAAAGAAUAUUAAAGGUGGAGCUUCAUCGCCAUGUAUUAACCAUGUUUUUAAGUCAUGCAUAAAUCUGAUUUUUAUUCUCUUUUUUUAGGGCCACAUUGUUGGAACUUUACAUAUAUUUUGUAUUAUUUAACAGGAAAUAAUAAUAAAAAUGGAAAGCGUGCAAUAUUGAUGACGCAUUUUUGUUCUUCAAGACUCUUUUUUAAUCUCGGCCUAGUUUUUGAAUGUGUCCUUCAAGUUAUUGCCGUCUUCAUUAUAAAAGGACGUGAAAUAUUUGUGCUCACUGAGCAGUGAAGGUGAUGAUGAUGAUUGUGGUGGAACAGUUUCUAUUGUGUCCGGUCGAUAUUUGUAUGUGCUGCAUUGUUGUUAAUAAAUUAUUCAAAUUUAAGAUAAAA